AUGAAAGGAAUUUUACGUGAAGUGAUGGAUCGCAAGACAGAUAACAAUACACGGAGGAAGAAACGGAAGGAUCUCUUAAGGCUACAGAUAAUACGCAUCCUACAGGUUGCAACGUUUCGUCGAGUUCUGCCAUGCUCCGGUUGCAUCGAUUUUGGAAAUGGCCUCUGUUCGGUUCUUGUGGACUUUUUUGAUUCUGUGCGACAGAAUCUCGAAUCUGAUCAGGAUCGUGAUGUUUUGUUAUUAACAAAUCUCCGGUUGCAUUUUGCUAAAACCAUAGCAGCAAUAAUCAGCAGCAUCGCUCGUAUGCGUGAUGGUGAUGUUGGUACAUAUGUGGAGCAACGUGCUGUCGAAGCGAUGUGCGCCCUGUUAUGUUGUGGACCAAUUUUUGAACCGAUCAAAGCUAUAGGCGAAAAUGGUUAUCUGUACGGAUGGCUGGAAACUCUUUUGGAUUCUACAAACUCCGUGGUACUUUUUUUACAUUGCAGUGAAAUUUACAACAGAUUUUGUAGCGCUGCUAAUUAG